CAGGUUGCUUCUGAAAAAGAGCAAAAUAGCUCAAUGGGCCUUACCUGGUAAAAUAAAAAAUAGUUUAUAUUUUUUUAGCACUAAAAAAUUGUCAUGUCAUCUCUUGACAUCGACCGAUCAUGCCCUACUCGGUGUACCGUGCUCCCAAGGUGCGAACCUGGAGUAAUGGGGCUUUCGUUUGUACAGCACCCAGGCUUCUGGCAUUCCCUGUCCUUGGAAGUUAGGAACCCGUAGUCAAUGGAGACGUUUUAAGUCCCGGCUGAACAACUACCUCCUGUAAUUGAAAAGUUAUUCUCUUUGUACUCCCCGGUUACUUCUCACUUAUUUUUUAUUAUUGUUAACUCACAAUUGGAUUUUGUUUAAAUACUGCAAUCAAAUUGUUUAAUUCGUGCAUUCGUAAGGCAUUUAACAUGCAGCGACAUUAAGAUGCAAUGUACAGGCAGGUCGUGUGGCGGUGGUGUUGUUAUCGUGUUGUUGUUGUUACAGGUCGUGUGGUGGUGUCGUUGCUGUUGUUAUCGUGUUGGGUUCAGAAGGAGAGAUGUAUACGCCGCUGCUGGUGGAGAUGUCUGUCCAUGUGAAGAGCAUUACAAUCCCGCUGGUUGCUAUCAUUUUGUAACGCGUUGAGGGAAUCAAUUAUAUUUAUAGUACGGCAGUUGCCAUCUUUUGCAGCUAAAAUAGAUGUUUUAUUAUAUAUGUAAAACGUCCAGCGUAACCGGUAUUAGUCAAAACAUCCCAAAAUGAAAAAAAAACCCUUUAAAAUUCUGAAUUGGGAUGACAUACAGGGACAGCAGCAGCAUCGCUCCCUCUACUACAACAACCUGACAGGAGCCUCCUGAAAAAGUAUCGAGUCUCAGUGUGAGGGCUUUCCCGGGUGAACGAGCAUAAUGACAAUCUAUGCAAAAAAAGCCGACGGAAGCGGAUAUCACAGUGCUACCUCUGAGAUCCCUUCUUGUUCUACAAGGUUUGUCGCAUGAUGGUCACAGCGUGAGUAGAAGUUAGCUAAGUGCAACCCAAAUUUAGCAUGAACAUUUUUUUGUGUAGUCAUCAGUGACCUGGGUGGAUGCCAUCAGCUUGCUGGACUUGAGAACCCAGUUUAAUAACAGAGGGUCGGCAGCUCUGGUGAGAUGUGAGUAGCGAGGAGUGUUAGUGCUGGUUAGAGUUGAUGAGCGGUGUGCGAGCGGUGAGUGGUAAUGGGUGUUAGUGCUGGUGAGCGGUGUGCGAUGAAGGGUAUAAGUGCCGGUGAGAGGUGGUGAGCAGUGUGUGAGUGGUGAAAUAUGUUAUCGCUGAUGAGUGCUUUGUCUCGUGAAGGGUGUUAGGGCUGGUGAGCGUUGUGCAUGGUGAGGAGCGUGCGUGGUGAGGAGCGUGGUGUGUGCGGCGAGGAGAGUGGCCUGCGGCCUUCGCCGAGGUCUCACACAUGCCUGCGUGCCCCCUCUCUCCGCCCCGUCCGCUCCAUGCCAAAGACGACUCGAGGCUCGGCUGGGCACCCGGCGUCCCCGGGCCCCUUCGGCGAGUCCUGCUCCGUACAGAGCGCUCGCUACACGGGGAGAGGCGGAGCCGCCUGGGCAAGAAGGGCGGCCGUGGCCGCGGCAAUGGCGGUGGUGGCCGCGGCCGCAAGGCCGACCAGUCGUGCCGGUUGCGUGUCGUGCAGGUCACCGUGAGGGAGCUGGGACUGGGCUACGACUCGGACGAGACGCUGCGCUUCAAGUACUGUGGCGGCAGCUGCCGCCAGGACCGCAACAUGUACCAGAUGGUGCUGGAGCACCUGCUCGACCUGAAGGGUGACCUGGUGGCAUCGCGGAGUAGCGCGCAGCCCUGCUGCCGGCCCGUGGGCUUCGAGGACGUGUCCUUCAUGGACUCGUCGCUGGAGUGGAAGACGCUGGAGAAUGUCUCCGCCAAUGGCUGCAGGUGCCUGCGCUGACGAAGCCCCACGCGGCGAACCAACGAACUGCCUUCGGGCGGACGAGCAAACGAGGGAGCUACCCCCCCGCCCCCGCUCCCCCCCGCUGUGGAGACGGAGCGAGGAGGACCGGCCUGACGGAAAGGGGACUCGUGCUGAGGCGCGCACACGCUGUACAUUUUGUGAAGACUCUUCCCCUAUUCGGUGUCGUCGUCGUCAUCGUGGUCUUGUGUGACACGCCAGCGUACAUUUAGCUCGGUGUAUAGUAUUAGCAGCGCUGUGUCCUCCACCUUCAUCUUCGACGCAGACCCCCAACGGGGGGCUCACCCGACGGGAGCGAGAGUUAAGUGUUCCAUUAAACAGCUGUAGGGGUUCAACCAGUGGGAUGUUCUAUUCGUACCCUGGUUGUAGAGGGCGGGGGGGGGGGGGAGGUUAUGUGCAGUCCAGGUGUAUUUUAGUGACAAUGUGCAGGUGAACAAAGUGUGGGGGAGGGGUACUGUAUGUGUGGGAUGCUGGGCGGAGGGUCGCGUGCCCCGAUUGGAUGACAGGAUAGGCUCCCUUCAUUAGCAAUUGACAGGUUCAUUUUGAACUGUAACAAUGGUUGAUGCAAUGCAUUUUUAAAUAUAAUUUUGUAACUGCAAAAAAUCUAUUUAAUACGUAUUUAUUUUAUUUAUGCAGGUAACUUAUACGUUGACUGACGCUGUGUAUUUUAUUUGUACCUGUAAACGGUUCUCAUUAAACCUCACGUGUUAAGAGUCUGGAGCGCA